AAGAUUCAUGACUAAUAUCCUACCGUCCAAGAGCCGUUCACUCUAAAAUUCUAAAAAUCUUUUUUUUAGAAACUGAAAUUCUAAAAACCCGACGUGUGAUUUUUGGUGUUUCGUCUUUAGUUUUGCCCGGAUCCUCGACCUCAUCAAAUUUUACACCACGUGCAUUCUCCACCUCCCUCGAUCACUCGAAUUCCUAAAUCUAAAUCGGCAAAUCGUCUUCUUUCGGCGAUCCCUAAAUCGUCUUCCUCCGGUGACCCAAAGCCCGACGCCUUCCAUGGCCUCAUCGAGCUCUUCCCAAACUGUUCACCUUUAAUAGGGGUCUUUGUCGCUUAUCACUUGCAUUAUUAGCAUAUUGUUUGCUUAUCUUGGUAUAUAGUUUGAGUGUUUGACCUUCGGUUUAGCCAACGCGGCUGCAUUCCAGUGUAGACUUUGGCAGAAACCUGGAGAUACGAUCCACGAGCAUGGUAAGGCGUUGUUUUGCGGGUGUUGCGGUAGCCCGUCCACGGUCACCGUGUUGUCCUUUGUAACCGCGGCAAGCCGCCAGAUAGUCUGUAAUUGCUCUUUCUUCUUCUUCUUCUUCUUCUAAUACAUCGACACGCAAAGCUUUUGCAUGGUAAAAGAAAAAGAAAAUUAAACUUCGCUUGGCUGAACUCUAUCUGUCUUGACCAAUUCUUCAAACACCUGAGGAUAAGAAAGAGUGAGGGUUUUGCUGCGUCAUCUUGACCUUCACUGUUCCAAAUUUCUUGGACGGAAUCUGCAGCUGCAGUGACAUGAUUGGCGUCCGAUCGAGCUGACCGUUCGCAGCAAAAGUUUGACACGGAUUUUCUUCACGCGUUUACGUUCUUUCCAAGGAUCUUCGCCGUGUUGAAUGGGUGGCGUGCUAGUAGUACUUGAAAACAAAACAAAAACAGUGGCCGCUUCUAUGUCGAUCAUGACCAAGGAUCUCCUAUUUCAGCCCAGACCGCAUGUAAAGCUGCAGAAUCGUCCUUGCUUAACCUUCCAUUGUAGAACCCAUUUCUUCUUCUCCCAGACGAGCAAACCAAGUCAUCAGCAUGUCUACCACCCCCUUCCCGUUCCCCACUGACAACGCACCACCAUCAUUCGGCGACGAUUUUAACAAACAAGUCUCCAGAACCACCAACUCAUUCCUUACCAUCAUCGUCGUUGUUUCGGUGCUGAGCAUCCUGGGAUCCGUCGCCAUAGUCUACUUCGUGUACAGGUGCGUCAAGAAGAACGGCCUCCCGGCCAUCAACAUCAACACCACCAGCCCCGCGCCGGCGGGGAGCACGACGCUGUACGCUGUGGUGCCGGACUCCCAGAUACGGGACGCCACCGUCGAGCGGUUCCUCAAGGAGAUCGCCGGCGAGAAGCCCAUCCGGUUCACUCCGCAGCAGCUCUCGGGCUUCACCAACAACUACUCCGCCCGGCUCGGCGCCGGCGGCUUCGGCGCAGUCUACAAGGGCAUGCUUCCCAACGGCCUCAUGGUCGCCGUGAAGCGCCUCCACCCCGGCCACGACGACAGGACCUCGCAGGAGCAGUUCAUGGCGGAGGUGGGCACCAUCGGGAGGACGCAUCACAUCAACCUGGUCAGGCUGUUCGGCUUCUGCUACGACGCCGGCGUGCGCGCGCUGGUGUACGAGUACAUGGAGCACGGCGCGCUCGACUCGUACCUCUUCGACCGGAGCCGCUACGUCGGCUUCCAGACAUUGCGCGCCAUCGCCGUCGGCGUCGCCAGGGGGCUCCGGUACCUCCACGAGGAGUGCCAGCAGAAGAUCGUGCACUACGACAUCAAGCCCGGCAACGUCCUCCUCGACGGCGGCCUCACGCCCAAAGUGGCCGACUUCGGCCUCGCGCAGCUGCUGAACCGGGCGGACACGCACAAGACCGUCUCUGGGAUGCGCGGCACGCCCGGGUACGCCGCGCCGGAGAUGUGGAUGCAGGCCGGCGCCACCGAGAAGUGCGACGUCUACAGCUUCGGCAUCCUCUUGUUCGAGAUCCUCGGCCGGAGGAGGAACUUCGACGAGGCCGCGCCGGAGAGCCAGCAGUGGUUCCCAAAGCUGGCGUGGACGAAGUACGAGAGCGGCGAGCUAAUGGAAGUCGUGGCGAGUUGUGACGGCGCGUGCGAGGAAGACAAGAAGGCAGCGCAUAGGAUGUGCGAGGUGGCGUUCUGGUGUGUGCAGCAGCAGCCGGAGGCGAGGCCGCCGAUGGGUGUGGUGGUGAAGAUGCUCGAGGGCGAGAUGGACAUUGCUCCGCCCGCGAACCCGUUCCAGCAUCUCAUGGCAACGCCGGCGGCGGCGAACCUGUGGACCACGGGGACGAGCACCGUGAACUCAGUGUCGACCUCGGCAAAUGGUGUUCCUCGUGGUAGCGACGAGAUCGUUUAAGCUAUGGGAUGCUCUACAGUUGACUCGAUCGUAAGCCCAAGGAAACCUUUUCCUUGGAACAAUAGACGUAGAGCAUAGGCAUUGGUUAAACAUUAUUGUAAAAUUUGUACUCCCUCCAUUUCUAAAUAUAAACCCUUUUAAGGAGGGAGUAAUUCACAACACACAUGUGUCGCAAAACAUCGUCUGCUUUGUUGUCAUCUGCUGCCUACAAUGGAGGUUUCAUCUCUGCGCUCUCAUGCAAA